GAAACGUUGCCUAUUUCCUUCGCUCCAUAGAUGCUGCUGCACCCGCUGAGUUUCUCCAGCUUUUUUGUGUAACCAGUAGUUCAGCACUUCUCUCUGGUUGUGGUCACCAUCUGGAAACGGGAUUGAAAGAUCCAAAUGGCCUCCAUUCCAUCGACUGGAUCGCUCGCAGCAACCCAUGACUAUUACAGGAGGCGAAUUGGAUCAACCUCCAGUAAUAGUUCAUGCGGUAGCUCUGAGCACAUUGGGGAAGUUAUUCCACACACCACAGGGUUGCCAAAGUCUGCGUCGGGCCAAUGGUGGCUCAGCUUUUUCUUUGGAAAAACCCAGAACCUUCCAGUAAUGACCACUCUAACUGAGUCAUCUGAGAGUGGGAAGAUUAACUGCAUCCUCCCUCAAGACAUGGUGAGGAAAAGACACGCCAGUGAGCCCAGCAAACCAUCAUCUUGAGGACUUGAGCUGCUGAAGAAGACGCAAGGAUUUUUUUGCUGUUCCUAACUAAUUUUAAAAGGCUGCUUAAAAUUUGUACUCCUAACCUCGUCCCCAGAUAAUCAGUGAUUUUUAUGGAUUGUUCCUAUCUGACUUCCAACACCUUGUAAUAAACUUUAGCAGCC